AUGGUUAUAUCUGGUCCUGUAUGUUGCAUCUUAGAUGUUCAACAUCUAUUUUUACCCAUUAGAACAACAUUAUAUCACAAGCCAAAUUUCUCAGUCAAUUGGAACACUAUACAUGGAAAUUGGAAUCAUGCAACGCGGUGUUGUGAUGAUGCUUUAAAACUGAGCCGAAGAUCUACUUUGGCGGAUACUUGUCAAGAUAUAUCAGAUCCUUUAGAUGACUAUCAUGAAAAAAAGUCCAAUAUUUUACAAUCUCUAUUCAAUUCCAUCAAUAUAUUUGCAGGUGUAGGCCUAUUGACUAUACCUCUUGGAUUCAAGGCAAUAUACUGGUUGGAUAUUGGCUUGGGAUUGACGAAUUAUACAGCAAAAAUGUUGGGCAAAUGUUUAUACGCUUAUCCUGGAACAUAUACUUAUGGAGAUAUCGCAGCUGAAGCUUUUGGGAAACAAGGUCGUAUUGUAGUGUCUGCGAUCAGUCUGAUUGAUUUAGUGGCUUUCUGUGUUGCCCUUGUCGUCUUAUUAAUAGAUGGAUUGAUUUCUCUGUUUCCAAGUAUGGAUCCUCUAUUAAUGUGUAUGAUCUCCUUUUUUAUUCUCACACCCAUGAGUUUUAUUCCUAUCCGACAUUUAUCUUAUACAAGUCUUCUUGGUAUCAUCAGUAUCUUAUGGACCCUUAGUGUCGUGGUUAUCAUGGGAUCCAUCAAAACAACUCAACCUGGUUCUUUGAUUGAAGCAGCUGAUACAACAUGGUGGCCAGCCAAUUGGAUGAUAUUUCCGAGAAGUAUUGGUCUUCUUUUAGAUGGAUUCAGUUCUCACGUCUGCCUUCCGAGUAUAUACCGUGAUAUGAAGGAACCGAAACAUUAUGCAAAGGUCAUGGACUGGACUUAUACUAUCACAGCAUGUAUUUAUAUGACGAUGGCGGUGGCUGGUUAUCGAAUGUUUGGAUCCAAUACAAUGCAAGAGAUCACUCAAAAUUUGAUGUCAGUUCCAGAAUACAAUACAAUAGUGAAUCAAAUGACAAUGUGGUUGAUGGUCUUAAAUCCGAUUACCAAAUAUGGCCUGAACAUUCAUCCAGUGAACCUCAGUUGGCAACUUGCCUUGGUGCGACAGCCUUCCAUUGAAGCAUGGUGUUACAAGCAUCCACUGCGGAGUCAAGUCAUUAUGGUAAUGGGGAAAGUGAUGGUGAGUGGGUUGAUAGUGUUAUUGGCUCAUAUUGUUCCUCGGUUUGAUCGUAUUAUGUCUUUUAUGGGUGCCUGUUUUUCUUUCAUUCUGGCCGGGGUAUUUCCUAUCCUUUGUUAUCUCAAGUUGUUUGGCUCCGUCUUACCUCUAUGGGAAAAGUGCAUCCUUUGUCUCUUGGUCUUCCUUUGUUUUAUUUUGGCCAUCGCAGGUACUCUGUGGACUUUUAUCUAAUUUGUAUCAUAGUAGUUAAUAGUCAGCAUCCUUCCUAUUUUUCUUUAUAUAGUAUUUUAAUACAUCUGUAAUAAAAAUAAAAAAAAGCGCCCCAAUUCUUAUCAUUCAUCAUAUAUAUAAAAAAAAGGAAAUAAUUAAGAAAAUAAUACAUCAUCGAGUUCUUUAUUCGAGUCAUUCCUUUCAAUAAAAUUCCAAAAAAAA